AUGCAGCACGAGUCGCCCCUGCCGACGCGCCGCAGCGCCCGCGGCCCGGCGCGCGCCUCGCGCCUCGAGGCCAACCGGCCGUACGCGCGGCGCAGCGGCACCGGCCUCGCUGCCUCGGCGUCGGCACAGAGCCUGACAGCGUCGGCCUCGACACCCUCGCUGCACGCCUCGCCCUCGGCGCGCACCGGCGGCGACGCAGAGGCCGGCUCGCCGCCGCAGCCGCAGCGCUCCGCCGGCCUGCUCGGCUCGCUGGGCCGCGCCAUCUCGCGCCCGCUCGGCUGGCUCGGCGUCGCCGGCGGCUCCUCGAGCCAGGCAGGCGCCGGCCCCGCUGCGUCGACACGCGGCGCCCGCUCCGACGACCGCAGCCUCGCACUGCCGUCGUCGGCCUCGAUGGGCUCUCUCACGCGCCGCUCGCAGCGGCGGACGGGCGCGGCCUCCACCGACGAGCCCGACGUCGACCGCUACGGCAGCCUGGGCCGCGGCUCGCUGCGCGCCAUCGGCGGCCGCCUCGCCUCGUCGGCGCACGCAUCCAGCGGCGACCUCGAGUCGCAGGCCAGCGGAGGGGCGCCGCCGAGGCGCCGCGGUGCCGGCGGUGCUGGUGCUCCUCCGCCGCCUCCACCCAUGUCGUGGACGGGCUCGCUGGGCGCCCGCUCGCGGCUGUCGCAGCCGCCCAUCAACGCAGGUGGUGCUGGAGGUGCGGCCGCCACUCCGCUCACGCGUUCCACGUCCUCGUGGCUGGCGCCCGGCGUGCCUGCCAAUGACGCUCGCAUGGCUACGCGCAGUCCCUCGCCGGCGCGCUCGAAUGCCAGCGCUGCCGUGCAGACCUACGGGCGCGCCCGUCUCUCAGCGGCGCCCACGCCACGGCCCUCUUCGCUCUACGCUACUACGCCUCAGCGCGGAGGCACGCCGGGCGCAUCGCCCUCCACGCCCUCCUUUGCCUUCGGCUACGGCUCAGAGCGACGCCUCGCGGGCCUGGCCGAUGCUCCUCUGCAGACCGCAGCCGCAGCGCUGCCUUCGCGUUCGCCAUUCGCUCGCCGUGCGCGCGCCUCGACUGGCGCAGUCACUGCCGGAUCUGAUGCAGGCCGCUCGUCGCUGCUUGGCCAGUCUCGCGGUGUGUACCCGCCGACCACGUCGCUCUCGCGACCGGCCUCGCUGUACGCAGGGUCCAGCAUCAGCGCGAGCCCGAGCGCCAGCCGCCUGGGCUCAGGCCAGGUGGCGCGCACACGGACCUGGAGCUCGCUCGGCCUUGCGCCGCCAGCGGCCCGAGAGUCGGCGGGCGAGAGCCUGCUGCGCGAGUACGCUGUGCGCCGCCGCGAGGGCUCCAUGAGCAUCAGCAGAGCCGGCAGCGCCGCGCCGGGCAUGGAUGUUGACAAUGCCAGCGUCGCGAGCGGCACGCCGGGCAAGAGGAAAGAGCGAGAACGUGAGGACGAGGAGAUGAGUGCUGUUUCGCAGAGCGCAAAGAAGAGGCGUAUGGUCUGGGAUCAGGAGUUGGGAUUCGUUUCGCGCGACGAGCUCAAGGCAAGACAACCGGUGCCGCCGCCGCCUCAAAACGAGGCCGAGCGUGUGCUCAACUUCCUUGAGGGCAUGCGGACGCCCUUAGGCGACAUUCGGAGAGCUGGCAGCGCCACACCUAGCCUUCCUCCGUCACACAGCCUGUCUCGCGUGCACGUGCCGCUGCCUCUGCGCGACGCCGAGGUGCGGCGUCCGGCUGCGGAGGCGAGCGGUAGCCUGUCGAGGUCCGUCGCGCCGUACUCGCGCGCCCAGCGCGCCAACCGCGCAGCUGGUCCGAGCGAGGGUGGCAUGCGGGCGCGCACAAAGCGUGCGCAGCCCCUGCGCGAGCCACGCGCGGACGACGCCAUGAGCACGGGCUCUCAUGCCGACGAGCAGUCGAACGACGAGAUGGAAGGCACGACAGAUGAGGAGGCUGAGCAGGAAGAGGAAGAGGAGAUCAUCGAGCCUCCGCGUCGUCGCGGCGUCUCGACGCGCACAGCAGCGCGCAAGGAGGCUCCCGCGAAGGAGACGCAGCCGCAGGAGGACAACGAGCCGUCGCCGCGACGCCUGCGUUCCGGCCGCGCGCUCUCGCCCGUCAAGGCGGCACCCGUCAAGCAGACACCGGCCAAGGCAAGCUUGGCGGCGCCUGCAAAGAAGCCUCAGCCUUCCACGGGCGCUGCAGGCGGUGUCAGUGCUCCGGCGGCUUCGGCCUCGAGCUCGCGCGCUGCUGCCUCUGCUGCUCUUGCUGUGCCGGAGUCCAACGCCGCAUCGCGCGCCUCCUCGGUCGCUCCCGACGUCUUCUCUGUUCGCUCGGACUCCGACUCAGGCUCCGUGCGCCGCGAGCGCUCCUCGCUGCGGCAAGGUGCACAGAAGCAGAUCUCGGCGCACCGUCGCGGCGGCAAGUCGAACCGCGUGGGCCUCGAGGAGGACGAUGACGAGGACGGCGACGCAGAGGAGGAACGCCUGGAGCUAGAGAAGGUCAAGAUGCCCGAGGUGGUCUUCCCAAGCGGCUUUGCGUUCGGCAAGACGAGCUCGGCGUCGACAGCUCCCGCCACCAAGCCUGUGUCCACCGAGCAGACGAAGCCGACCGAGCAGAAGGAUGCUGGUGCAGACAAGCCGGCAUCUUCCACUCCUGCCUUCUCUUUCGGCGCGCCGGCUUCGGCCGACAAGCCGGCGUCCGCAGAGGGCGCGGGCGGCUCGCUCCUGAGCCGCUUCGGCGGCUUUGCUGCGCCAGCGCAGGAGUCGACGACGCCAAAGAAGUCUCCUCCGCCAAGCUCAAAGUUCUUCCCUGCCGCUCAGGCGGCGCCGCCAGCGUCGUCUGCCAGCAGCGAGCCUCCCAAGCCUCUCUUCUCCUUCGCACCUGCGGCUGUGACCGAGGCCGCGAAGAAGAGCGACGAGGCAAAGGCUACGCCCGCGGCCGGCGCUUCCAGCUUCUUCAGCAUGCCGGCCGCCGCUCCCGCGGCGGCACCGGCGCGCGACGAGAAGAAGUCCGGACCCGUGCCGAACUUCUUCGGCAGUGCCGCCACGGCAGAGGCGCCGAAGCCGCCUGCAUCUUCCACUGCGGCGCCGACGUUCAGCUUUGGCGCACCUGCAUCCGCUUCAAGCUCGGCACCUGCAGCGACUCCCGCGUUCGGCGGAUUCGGCGCGCCCAAGAAGCGCUCUGCCGAUGACGAUGAGGAGGCGAAGAGCCAGAGCGCCGAUCCGCCAGCCAAGAAGGCGGCCGCGGAUGCCAACGGCGCGGCAGAGGCGCCCAAGGCUGCAUUCAGCUUCGGAGGCUUCGGCGCCGCACCUGCCAGCUCGGCAGCGCCUGCCUCGGGCACGCCGGCCUUCAGCUUCGGCGCAAAGCCCGCGGCAGCCAGCGGCGGCUCUUUGUUCGGAGCGCCUGCUGCAGACAAGCCUGCAGCGUCCGUUGCGCCUGCGACGCCUGCCUUCGGCGGCUUCGGCACGCCGAGCGCGUCCCCGAAGAACCUGUUUGGAGCAGCCACGCCUGCGACACCGGCGCCGGCUGCUGCAACUAGCGACGCUGCAGGCGCAGGGAACAGCAUGCAGGAGUCCCCGUCGACGAGCACGACCGAGGCUGCCAGUGCGCCUGCUCCGGCCGCCACGCCGUUCACGUUCGGCAGCCAGACCAGCAGCGGCACGUCGGCUGCGAGCACCACGAUUGGCUCGUCGCUCUUCGGCGGAUCGGCGAAGGCUUCGACACCCGCGUCGGGCACGGACAGCGCACCGAGUGGCUUCACGUUCAAGCCGGCGGGCGCAGCUUCGACUGCGUCUGCUGCAAGCAGCACGUCCACACCUUUCGGCGCUGCUGCGCCUGCAGCGUCCUCCGGCUUUACGUUCGGCGCACCGGCCGCGUCUUCGACAGGCAUGUUCGGUAGCUCAGCGCCGGCUGCGUCGUCUCAGCCGCCGCAGCAGGCACCCUCGCCGGCCUUCACGUUCGGAGCCGGCAGCGCCUCGCCAGCGCCUACGUCGCCUGCAGCGCAGCCCGCGCAGCCGCCAUCAUCGGGCACCUUCACCUUCGGCCAGCCUGCCGCCUCGUCGUCAAGCUUCGGCGCCUUUGGCAGCGGCGCACCUGCAGCGGCGGCACCGUCAUUUGGCGCCUUUGGCGCUGGCACCGCCAGCAACGCAAGCUCGCGCGCCGCCUCGCCGUUCGGCGCGCCUGCACCGCAGUCGACGAGCACGUUCGGCGGCUUCGGGAAUCCGUCUGCACCCGGCACGCCUGCCGCAUCGUCGGCCGGCACGGGCUUCACCUUUGGCGCUCCGGCCGCCUCCGCGCCUGCUCCGGCUGCCAACGGCUCUGCGCCUGCUGGCUUCACCUUCGGCAUGCCCAGCAGCGCAGGUGCGGCUCCGGCAGCCGGCGGCUUCGGCCAGCAGCAGGCGUCGUCGCAGUCGUCGGCGUCGCCGUUCGUCUUCGGUGCGAGCCAGCCGACCACGCCGUCGGGCUCGGCGCCGUUCCAUUUCGGCGCACCGCCAGAUGCCAACGCGCCGCAGACGCCUCCAGCCACAGGCGCCCCCGCGGCCGGCGGCGGAGGCUUCUUCAACCUCGGCGCCGCGCCGACGCCCGGAGCGGGCAGCCCGGCGGGCGGGCGGCCGAUCAAGGGCGUGCCGAGGGCGCGGCGGGGCCGCUAA